AUGUCUUCCAACACGUUCACCGUGACGCUGUCGCAGAUUGCGAAGAUGAUAGAUCACUCCCUGCUUCACCCAACUAUGACUGAUGCUGAAUUUCUUGCGGGAAUCAAGAUCGCCAAAGAACACAAGGUAGCUACGGCUUGUGUGAAACCAUAUUUGAUUCCACUCGCCAAAAACGAACUGGCCGGCACGGAUGUCCUCGUGUGCCCUGUGAUCGGGUUUCCCCACGGAAAUAGCACCACUGAAAUCAAAGUGCUGGAAGCCAAAGCUGCCGCCGAGGCUGGUGGCAAGGAAAUAGACAUGGUUGUGAACAUUGGAAAGGUCCUCGGUGGAGAUUGGGAAUAUGUUACUCGCGAAAUUGACGAGAUCAAUCGCGUGGUAAUGCGCCACGGCGCGAUCCUCAAAGUCAUUUUUGAAAACGACUAUCUCAAGCCCGAGCACAUCAUCAGAUUGUGUGAGAUUUGUACAGAUCUUGGAGUUGCCUUUGUUAAGACUUCGACUGGAUAUGGCUUUGUUAAGCAGGCCGAUGGAUCUUACAAUUAUCUCGGUGCGACCGUGUCGGAUCUCAAGCUCAUGCGUCAGCAUUCUGGGUCCAAGGUCCAGGUUAAGGCGGCAGGCGGCGUUCGCACACUGGAUGAUUUGCUGCAUGUCAUGAGUCUGGGCGUGACUCGUAUUGGUGCCACGGCCACUGUGGCCAUCCUGGAUGAAGCGAAGAAACGCGGUAUCAGUGACAAGCCCACGACGAUCACCUUCAAGCCCAUGCAGGAGAAGGCCGGAGGAUAUUAG